AUGGGCUGGUCCGACAUCUUCUCGUGCUUUCGUCGACGGACGUCCGAGUCCGAGGUGCUCGUCGCGCCAUCACGCCUGCGCGCGCAGUCCAUCAUCUCGCAGGACGGGUAUGGCACCAUGGGCAUGAGCGUGAACGGCGCCGGCCGAAAUAGUCGCGGCAGCAGCACGGAGCGCGACCACGACGGAGGGCGGUCGCCUUCUCCGCCACGAGACGCAGCCGCGUCGCGGCAGCGCAUGGCUGAGAUCAGUCGGACUGCAGGCAACCACAUGAAACCCAUCACAUCAUCCAUCGCCGCCGCCGCAGCAGCAGUCGCCUACUCCCCACUCCCACACAGCAGUGUGUCGUCACGCAACCCGUCGCCGUCACCACAACGUCCCUUGUCCUCCCCGCCUGGCGGCGUCCUCAAGCCGCGCACCGUCAGCGACGCCAGUGCUGCGUCGGCCCAGAGUGGCCUGUCGCGCACGAGCGAAGAAGACGGAGCCGCCGAUGGAGUGGUGCGCAAGUCGAUAUUCACGGGCGACCGCGUACCCUCCAACGGAUCCAAGAGCUCGCGGAGCAGCAAGAAGGGCCGGCGAACGAGCGGACGCAGGUCGUCGGGCCGCGCAACGGCACCGCCACCACCGCAACUCCCUCAGCCGUGA